GAGACUGUGUCUGUCCCACGGCCAAUUAAAUUAAUUAAAUCAAAAGUAACCAGAAGAGGAGUCAUACUAAAUAACCUCAUACAGGUUAACAUCACUACGCAACAAAACAGGAUAAUUAAAUGUGGACUCCUAAAUAUUAGUCUGUCAUCUAAAGCUGUAUUAGUAAAUGAUUUAAUAUCAGACAAUCACAUUGAUUUAUUAUGUCUUACUGAAACCUGGCUGAGCAAUGAAGAAUAUGUCAGCCUAAAUGAAUCAACUCCUCCAAGUCAUAUUAAUACUCACAUUUCUCGAGGCACCGGCCGAGGAGGUGGAGUAGCAGCCAUCUUUGACUCAAGCCUAUUAAUGAAUCCUAAACCUAAACUAAACUACAACUCAUUUGAAAGCCUUGUUCUUAGUCUUUCACAUCCAACCUGGAAAACAUUACAGCCAAUCCUAUUUGUUUUACUUUACUGGCCACCAGGUCCAUAUUUAGAAUUUAUAUCUGAAUUUUCAGAGUUUUUAUCAAGUUUAGUCUUAAAAACUGAUAAGGUUAUUAUUGUAGGAGAUUUUAAUAUUCAUGUGGAUAUUGAUAAUGAUGCCUUAAGUACUGCAUUUAUCUCAUUGUUGGACUCGAUUGGCUUCUGUCAGAGAGUACAGAAACCCACUCACUGCUUUGGCCACACCCUCGAUCUUGUUCUUGCAUAUGGCAUUGACAUUGAGCAUUUGGAGGUCUUCCAUCAGAACCCUCUUCUGUCAGACCAUUACCUCAUAACUUUUGAGUUUAUACUCCCGGAGUAUAAUACACCGUUAGUCAAAAGUUUCUACACCAAAUGUCUAACUGACAGUGCUGUAGCUAAAUUUAAAGAAGCGAUUCCUUCUGCAUUUGAUUCAAUACCACGUCUCAAUGUGACGGAGGAAUCCUGUGCUAACUUUAGUCCGUCCCAGAUUGAUCAUAUUGUCAAUAGUGCUACAGGCUCACUGAGAAUGACAUUAGACUCGAUAGCCCCACUGAAGAAAAAGACAGUGAGGCAAAGGAGGUUUGCUACCUGGUAUAACCCUCAGACCCGCGACCUAAAGCAAACUUCACGAAAGCUCGAAAGCAUAUGGCGUUCCACCAAUCUGGAAGAAUCACGCUUAGUUUGGCGAGAUAGUCUUAAAACAUAUACAAAGGCUCUCCGUAAUGCCAGAGCAGCCUAUUACUCAUCAGUAAUAGAGAAAAAUAAGAACAACCCCAGGGUUCUCUUUAGCACUGUAGCCAGGCUGACAGAAAGUCACAGCUCUGUGGAGCCGUGUAUUCCUAUAGACCUCAGUAGUAAUGACUUCAUGAACUUCUUCAAUGAAAAGAUUAAAAAAAUUACAAAUGACCUCCUAAUUGCAUCAGAUAAAGGACUCAUCUCCGUACUGGUAUUAUUAGACCUUAGUGCUGCGUUCGACACCAUUGAUCAUCACAUCCUAUUACAGAGAUUGGAUCAGUCGAUUGGCAUUUCAGGUACCGCACUAAGUUGGUUUAAAUCCUAUUUAUCAGAUCGAUCUCAAUUUGUAUUUGUAAACGACGAAGCAUCAAUGACCACCAACGUUAAUCACGGAGUUCCACAAGGUUCUGUGCUUGGACCAAUUUUAUUUACCUUAUAUAUGCUUCCUUUGGGCAACAUUAUCAGGAAACACUCCAUAAACUUUCAUUGCUAUACAGACGAUACUCAAUUAUAUCUAUCGAUCAAACCAGAGGAGACCAACCAGCUCGCUAAAAUUCAAGAAUGUCUUGAAGACAUAAAAACAUGGAUGACCUGCAACUUCCUGAUGUUAAACUCAGACAAAACUGAAGUUAUUUUACUGGGCCCUGAACACCUCAGAGAUCAAUUAUCUGGUGAUGUGGUUUCUGUAGAUGGCAUUGCCCUGGCAUCCAACACCACUGUAAAGAAUCUCUGCGUUAUCUUUGACCGAGACUUGUCCUUUAACUCCCACGUUAAGCAAAUCUCAAGGAUUGCAUUUUUUCAUCUACGUAACAUUUCAAAAAUCAGGCACAUCUUGUCCCAAAAAGAUGCAGAAAAGCUGGUUCACGCGUUUGUUACUUCCAGACUAGAUUACUGCAACUCCUUAUUAUCAGGAUGCUCUAAUAAGUCUCUUAAAUCCCUCCAGUUGAUCCAGAAUGCUGCAGCUUGUGUACUCACAAAAACUAAGAAAAUAGAUCACAUUACUCCUGUAUUAGCUGCUCUGCACUGGCUCCCUGUAAAAUCAAGAAUCACAUUUAAAAUUCUCUUCACCUACAAAGCCUUGAUUGGUGAUGCACCAUCAUAUCUUAAGGAGCUUGUAGUACCAUAUUGCCCCACUAGAGAGCUGCGCUCACUAAAUGCGGGGCUACUUGUGGUUCCUAGAGUCCUAAAAAGUAGGAUGGGAGCAAGAGCCUUCAGUUAUCAAGCUCCUCUUUUGUGGAACCAGCUUCCACUUUCAGUCCGGGAGGCAGACACAGUCACCUCAUUCAAGAAUAGACUUAAGACUUUCCUGUUUGAUAGUGCUUAUAGUUAG